GUUUGCCGCAUAGCCUUUAGUACUGCUGAAGGAAGACGACGGUGCAAGCUAACUCGUUCCAGUAACGAACAGUUUGUUUUUUCACCGAAAGUUGCAGAUUACCUGUGCUAAAGUUCGAGAAUGGUGUCAAUGGGACUGCAGAUUCUGGGCAUCGCCCUGUGCGUGAUCGGAUGGGUGGGAGCCAUCAUAACCUGCGUCCUUCCCAUGUGGAGAGUGACCGCUUUCAUCGGAAACAACAUCGUGGUGGCGCAGAUCAUCUGGGAAGGUCUUUGGAUGAACUGUAUUGUUCAGAGCACCGGGCAGAUGCAAUGCAAGGUGUACGACUCUCUCUUGGCGCUCUCUCAAGAUCUCCAGGCUUCCAGAGCUCUGACCGUCAUUGCCAUUGUGGUGGGAGUCCUGGGCCUCCUCAUCUCCAUCGCGGGAGGGAAAUGCACCAACUGCAUAGAAAACGAGGUAACCAAGGCCAAGGUCACCAUUAUAUCGGGCAUUAUCUUCAUCCUGGCUGGAUUGUUGACCCUGAUCCCAGUCUCCUGGUCAGCGAACACCAUCAUCAAGGAUUUCUACAACCCGCUGGUGACCGACGCCCAGAGGAGAGAACUUGGUGCCUCCUUGUACAUCGGAUGGGGCACGUCGGGUCUGAUGCUUCUCGGAGGAGCUCUGCUCUGUUGCUCUUGCCCCCCGAAAGACGACAACUACACUGCAAAGUAUUCUGCAGCCAAGUCAACUGCUAGCAGGAACUACGUGUAAAGAAACGGAUCAACGUCUCCAGGCAAAGUUUGGGAAAGGGAGUCCCCUCAAAUCUUCGGGCGACUUUAUUUGGACUAUGACUGAGAUUUCUUGAGCGUGGACUGUUUUGUGGACCUGUUUUCUUAACUAGAAUGGUUAAACUAUAUUUUCCGUUGAAUGGAAUCUGAUUAAGACCAAAUUAACGAAAUGUUAAGAUCGUCCGAACAUCGCUGUGCCGUCGGUUAUGGUAGCAGUAAAUGUCACUGUUUAUCAUAGAGGGUUUAGCAGUUUUUUUAAUAGUCUUUUGGUUUGAUUGUGAAUUCUAUUGAAUGGGGGGCAUUUAUGAAGGUUGAUUGGAUGUUACCGCAAAUCAAAUUGAUCUAAUCAAUCGGAUGAUCCCGUCCGAUAUUAAUUAUUGUGAUUUCAUUAAAAAUGUUUACUUUUGUAAUUUUAAUUACUGCUUAUUUUUCCCCAUUUUUGUUUCCGCGCGAUACAGUUAUAUAUAACGUGUUAUAUGAUUUGAAGUGUACUUUGGAUUGCAACGUGUUCAGCACCCAAGUGCACAAUUGUUUGUACUUUUAAAUAAAUUCUCAUUUUCCUUAA